AAGGGGUUGUUACGCACUUCAAAGCAACAGUUUAAAUGGCAAAAACUAAUCAUAUGACAGAUAAUUCGUAUCAUAAAAAGCCACGACUCAAAAUUAAUUUGAUUUCAUCUUGCGCGCGGAAUAUCGACUUCUUUACAAUGGGGUUCUCAAUUAUAACGAACGAGACCAAAUCUACACCGAAUUCUACUCCAUGCCUUUUUCUUGAAGUUUUUUUAUUUAACAAAAAUGAUGGGACUUUAUACAUCACUACGAUUCUGACUCUAGCAUUGAAUGCUGUAUUUGGAAUCGUCGCUACUGUUGGCAACUUUAUUUUCAUUCUCAGUUUAUGGAAAACCAACUCUCUCCAGAAUCCUUCGAACUUUCUGCUUGGUAAUCUCGCAAUCUCAGAUUUAUUGGUCGGUCUAGUUGUUCAGCCAAUGUAUGUUGCCUACAAGGCUGCUGAACUAAAUGGUACCUAUGUGUGCUUUGUUCAUGUAUCGUUUUCAACUUCUGCGUGGUUGGCUGUUGGGGUUUCAUUUCUGACGCUGGCAAAUAUCAGUCUUGAGCGUUACGUUGCUAUUUCUAGGCCAUUUCUGUACUUGAAAAUAAUCAGCAAAAGAAACGUGGUUGCACUUUCAGUUUCCAUUUGGUUAUUCAGCUUUGGUUUAGUCUUUUCUCGCUUUGCUGGAAUCAGUACGUUUCACUUCCACGCCGUUUGCUCCCUAAUCAUCGUGAUAAGUUUUACAACCACGACAUUCUUUUAUAUCAAGAUCUUUCGCCUGGCCAAGCGUCAUCAAAAGUCCAUAAUUGAAGCACACAAGAACAACGCGACGAAAAAUAUCGUCCAAGAAAGAAAGUUGACUAAAACUAUCAGUUUAGUAACAGGGUUAUUUUUUCUCUCAUACGUUCCUACCCUUUGCAUCAUGGUGUACUAUAGCGUCCGAGGAUAUGGACUUGUAGUAAAGACAAUUUAUUCCUGGACAGACACUGCCUUGUUCGUCAACUCCUCUUGGAACCCCUUUAUAUAUUAUAUACGUAAUCAGGAAAUUCGUUUGACAAUGUUGAAAAUGCUGAAGAAAAAAGAAGUAUGUUCACAGAAGAGCCGCAUACCUGCCGUGUCCCUUUCUUUUGCAAGAAAGGCUGGGAUCAUCAAGAUAAGUAAAAACCCGAACAAAGAAAUCCCAAAUGCCCUGAGUUAGUGGCAUGAAGUGCAGGAAAUCAGUGAUCACUUGGGCCUGACUAUAUUAUAUAUCUUUCAAUUUGAUAUGAUUCUUUUUUUAAGCUCAGAUUAAUAUCGAUCGAUGCAUGACAUACAUUUUAACGAAGUAAUUCGUUAGCCAAAAUUGUUCAACACCGGUAAAUGUUUUAGUGGUAGGGCUAGAACUGUAUUUAAUGCUAGUUUUAAAAUGUCAAACUUAGCAUGCUCAGCUUGAAAACAAAACAUCCAAAUGAAUCACUUGAAUAUUGUUUGGCACUGAACCUKAAUAUGAUACMAGAA